ACCAAUUCAGCUAUAAAGAACGCUAAUGUAUUUUGCGAGAAUCAGAGUGAAAAUACAGAUAUAAAAAUAAUAGAAAUAUAAUAAAAAGUAUAGCAGUAUUUAUUAAAUUAAAAUGGUGCAGUGUUACGUGCCACAUUGUAAAAAUCGUUCUGACUGCCAAAAUUGGAAAAAACAACUUAAUAUUCCAAAAGUUACGUUUCAUAGGUUAAGUAUAUUAUUUAAAAUAUUUUAUUGUGUAUUUUUUAGUUUUCCAAAGAAUAGCACUAUUCGCAAUUUGUGGAUAGAUAUUUUGCGUAUUGAUCAAUCUAUUUCAUCCAGUGCACGUAUUUGUUCCGCUCAUUUUAAGGAGGAGUCUUUAGAUAGGACAAAUCCGUCAUUAAUUCGAUUGAGGCCAAAUGCAUUGCCAUUUAGUAGCGAAGAAAAACAGGAAGAAGACUCUUUUGUUGCAUAUUGUAAUAUAAAAAAUUAUUCAUAUUUAUGUAAUAUUAUUGCUAUCAUUAUUACAUUUUCAGCACAACCUUCAACAACAGCAGACAAAGCAACAAUAGUGAAACCAUGUACAGAAGAGAAAGUAACAAUGGUAUCAUUAAAGCGAAUAUAUAAUUCAGAAAAAAUGCAGAUUAAAGACAACAAAUCAAGUAUCUAA